AUGAGGGCAAAUUUGUGGACAGUAGAGUGUGGAACUAGUCUUAGGCUACUCGGGGGGAUCGAAUGUUUUCCUGGUCGAGGUUCAAUCCCCGGUCAUUCUAUCUUUAGUGAGGGGACGAGUUAUCUUGCUCGACAUCAUGGGAUCGCGCUUUCAUUAACGGGCUGCUUACUCCGAAUUGGGAUGUAUAAUUAG